GCCUUAUGCAUGGGUAUUUUCGUCAUUUGCUACAUUGAAAGAAGUGAUUAAGCCAAAAGCUCUCCUUUUUGUACAGUGACAAAAUAAUUCGGAAGAAGACAGCUCUGCCUAUGCAUGGUAGCAUUUACCUACCAAGACAAACCAUUUUUCUCCUAUAGAAACGCUUCGUGACCAACUACCCAUUUCAGUUCUCGUUCUCAGUCUUACAGAGUGAAACGUUUUUUCUUUUUUGGGUUUGGGAAACUUGAAUAUUCGACCAAACGAAACGUGUUUAACUCGAAGCGUUUCUUAGCUUUCUGCUGUUGUGAAAGCGGUUUUGGCGAGUAGAGAGAUGGUGGUAUCAAAGAUAUGGAGGAGAGGAGCUCAUUACUUGCAGAAACGGAACGCCACAAGUGUUCCUGCUGAUUUGUUGGAAAAGGGCCAGAAUCGCGUUAUCGAUGCUUCUCUAACUCUCAUUCGCGAGAGGGCAAAGCUCAAGGGAGAAUUAGUGCGUGCUUUAGGGGGUGCUGUAGCAUCGGCUUCUCUUCUAGGAGUUCCGCUUGGACAUAACUCGUCGUUUUUACAAGGGCCUGCUUUUGCUCCUCCUCGCAUUAGAGAGGCCAUCUGGUGUGGUAGCACAAACUCAGCUACCGAAGAAGGAAAAGAAUUGAAAGAUCCGAGGGUACUAACUGAUGUGGGUGACGUUCCUGUUCAAGAAAUUCGUGACUGUGGUGUGGACGACGACAGAUUGAUGAGUGUUGUUAGUGAGUCUGUCAAGCUUGUGAUGGAAGAGAGUCCAUUGCGUCCAUUAGUGUUAGGUGGUGACCACUCAAUUUCAUUCCCUGUUGUAAGAGCUGUCUCUGAGAAGCUUGGGGGACCUGUGGACAUUCUUCAUUUUGACGCACAUCCAGAUAUCUAUCAUGCUUUCGAAGGGAACAAAUAUUCACAUGCAUCAUCUUUUGCCCGAAUCAUGGAGGGUGGUUAUGCUCGGCGUCUUUUGCAGGUGGGAAUUAGAUCAAUAACAUCCGAAGGGCGUGAACAAGGCAAAAAAUUUGGUGUUGAGCAGUAUGAAAUGCGAACUUUCUCAAGAGAUCGUCCUUUUCUGGAAAAUCUGAAACUGGGGGAAGGUGUGAAGGGUGUUUACGUUUCAAUAGAUGUAGAUUCUCUUGACCCUGCUUUUGCUCCCGGAGUGUCUCACAUCGAGCCUGGCGGUCUGUCUUUUCGUGACAUUCUCAACAUUCUCCACAACCUCAAAGGCGAUGUUGUUGCAGCAGAUGUGGUGGAAUUCAAUCCACAACGAGACACUGUUGAUGGGAUGACAGCAAUGGUUGCUGCUAAGCUGGUGAGAGAAUUGACUGCAAAGAUAUCAAAAUAAGAGAUGCCUUCACAGACUAAUUGCACAAGGGAGUAGAGACACACACGAAUGCAGUCUAUAAAACAGAGACUCAACUUAGUAUUUGCCCAAUUCUCACCUUUUUUAUAUUUUAGGCUUGGGCUAUUUUGAUUUUACGGGUUAGCCAUUUCAUUGUUGUGUUCAUCUUAUACUUGAAUAAAAGAGACAUUUUUGCUUUAGCUCAGUUAGUGUGGAGAGAUAACCUUUAAAAGAAUCCUAAAAGUAAUUAGGAGUGUUGGUUGAUUGAAAACUGCGCUUGCAAAAUCACAACUUUACACUGAUUUGUGCGUAAUAUGGAGAAACUUAAUCAAAUGUACCUUUCAUUUUUAAUUAAGUUCUAUUCGUUUUCACGGUUUGAGUUUGA